GCAUAUCCUCGUGUUGAAUUGUGGGAAGGGGUGUUCCUAAAUAAUCAUGGCUGACGCGUUUGGAGAUGGCUUGUUCAGCGUGUUUGAUGAUGAACAACAAACUACCACGAGCAAAAAGAUUCUCCCCCCAGUGCCCCCAGAAACAGGGAAAGCUAUAAGUAAAAAUGGCUCUGAAAAGGAUGCUGGACCCUCUGCACGGCUCAAGAGGGAGGUGGACAGUGACGGCGGAGAGGAAGUGGUGUUUGAGAAGAAACCUCGACUUGAGACAGCCUUGGCUAAUGACCUAAAUCUUGCAGAAUUCAUGCCCCAAGUGAAGGUGGAGCAAGUUGAAACUGUGGAAGGAUGCUCACAUGAGGUGGCUUUACCUGCCAGUGAUGAAUAUAAACCUCUGAAAUCCAGAGUGGGAAAAGCAGCCAAGGAGUACCCUUUUGUUCUUGACCCAUUCCAGCGUGAGGCCAUCUUAUGUAUUGACAACAAUGAGUCUGUGCUUGUGUCUGCACACACAUCUGCAGGCAAGACUGUCUGUGCUGAAUAUGCCAUAGCUCUAGCCCUCAGAGAAAAGCAGAGAGUGAUCUUCACAAGCCCCAUCAAGGCACUUUCAAACCAGAAAUACAGAGAGAUGUACGAGGAGUUUCAGGACGUGGGUCUGAUGACUGGUGACGUCACCAUCAACCCCACUGCCUCUUGCCUCAUCAUGACAACAGAGAUCCUGAGGAGCAUGUUGUACAGAGGCUCUGAGAUAAUGAGGGAAGUGGCGUGGGUCGUCUUUGACGAGAUCCAUUACAUGAGAGAUGCAGAGCGUGGUGUCGUGUGGGAGGAGACCAUCAUUCUUCUUCCUGACAACGUCCAUUAUGUCUUCUUGUCAGCCACCAUCCCCAAUGCUAGACAGUUUGCUGAGUGGAUUUGUCACCUGCAUAAACAGACAUGCCAUGUUGUGUACACAGACUAUCGUCCCACUCCUCUGCAACACUACGUCUUUCCAGCAGGGGGCGAUGGUCUCCACCUGGUGGUUGAUGAGAACGGAGACUUCAGAGAGGACAAUUUCAACACGGCUAUGCAGGUGUUGAGAGAUGCAGGCGAUUCUGGGGGCAGCAGUGGAGGUGGCAAAUGGGACCCCAGAGGACGCAAAGGAGGCACUAAAGGUCCAUCCAGUGUGUUCAAAAUUGUGAAGAUGAUCAUGGAGAGGAAUUUCCAGCCUGUUAUCAUUUUCAGCUUCAGCAAGAAAGAGUGUGAGGCCUACGCACUGCAGGUGGCCAAACUGGACUUUAACACAGAUGACGAGAAACGCCUGGUGGAGGAGGUGUUCAGCAACGCAGUCGACUGUCUUUCAGAUGAAGACAAGAAACUCCCUCAGGUAGAGCAUGUGCUGCCGCUGCUGAAGAGGGGAAUAGGUAUCCAUCACGGAGGCCUGCUGCCCAUCCUGAAGGAGACGAUCGAGAUCCUUUUCUCCGAAGGCCUCCUCAAGGCCCUGUUCGCCACAGAGACGUUUGCCAUGGGCAUCAAUAUGCCCGCCCGCACUGUGCUCUUCACCAGCGCACGCAAGUUUGAUGGCAAGAGUCAUCGCUUUAUUACAUCAGGUGAGUACAUCCAGAUGUCUGGACGUGCUGGGAGGAGAGGAAUGGACGACAGAGGAAUCGUUAUUUUCAUGGUGGAUGAGAAGAUGAGUCCGGCUGUGGGCAAACAGCUCCUCAAGGGAUCAGCUGACCCGUUGAACAGUGCCUUCCAUCUGACCUACAACAUGGUGCUGAACCUGCUGCGUGUGGAGGAGAUCAACCCUGAGUACAUGCUGGAGAAAUCCUUCUACCAGUUCCAACACUAUAGAGCUUUGCCUGGUGUUGUGGAGAAAAUAAAGAAGCUGGAAGAGCAGUACCAUGCCAUCGAGAUACCUAACGAGGAAAGUGUCGUCACUUACUUUAAAAUCAGACAGCAGCUGGCUAAACUGGGCAAAGAGAUACAGGAGUUCAUCAAUAAACCCAAAAACUGCCUGCCCUUCUUGCAGCCUGGGCGACUUGUCAAGGUAAGAAAUGAAGACCUUGACUUUGGCUGGGGAGUUGUCGUUAACUUUUGCAAGAAGUCUAACGUGAAGAGCGUUGCAGACUCGGAUCCGCUGUAUGUGGUGGAGGUCUUGCUCCACUGUAAUAAGGACAGUGUAAAAGAUGCUGCGACUGAGGCUGCUAAACCUGCUGCACCAGGAGAGACUGGAGAGAUGCAGGUGGUUCCUGUGAUGCUUCAUCUUGUGACUUCCAUCAGCUCUGUUCGACUUUACAUCCCCAAAGACCUGAGGCCCUUUGACAACAGGCAGCUCAUGCUCAAAUCCAUACAGGAGGUGCAGAAGCGAUUCCCAGAUGGCGUUCCUCUGCUUGACCCCAUAGAUGACAUGGGCAUCAAAGACCCUGCACUGAAGAAAGUCAUUCAGAAAGUGGAGGCCUUUGAGCACCGCAUGUACUCCCACCCUCUGCACAGUGACCCCAACUUGGAGUCUGUAUAUUCUCUGUGUGAGAAGAAAGCUCUGAUUGCAGCAGAUGUUCGAACAGCGAAGAGAGAGCUGAAGAAAGCACGGACCGUCCUGCAGAUGGACCAGCUCAAGUGCAGGAAGAGAGUCCUGCGACGCCUGGGCUUCGCCAGCCCCUCUGAUGUGAUUGAGGUGAAGGGGCGAGUUGCUUGUGAAAUUAGCAGUGCGGACGAGCUCCUGUUGACAGAGAUGGUGUUCAAUGGUCUCUUCAACGAUUUGACAGCGGAACAAGCCACGGCCCUGCUGUCCUGCUUUGUCUUCCAGGAAAAUGCCAGUGAGAUGCCAAAACUAACUGAACAGUUGGCUGCACCUCUGAGACGGAUGCAGGAGUGUGCAAAGCGCAUAGCCAAGGUGUCGGCCGAUGCCAAGCUGGAGGUGGACGAGGAGACUUAUCUAAACCAGUUUAAGCCCCAUCUGAUGGACGUGGUCUUCGCCUGGGCGAACGGCGCCACCUUCGCUCAAAUCUGCAAGAUGACUGACGUCUUUGAAGGGAGCAUCAUCCGCUGCAUGCGGCGUCUGGAGGAAGUGCUGAGACAGAUGUGUUCUGCAGCCAAGGCCAUCGGCAACACAGAACUGGAAAACAAGUUUGCUGAAGGAAUAACGAAGAUCAAGAGAGACAUUGUUUUUGCCGCCAGUCUCUACCUAUAAUGAUCUGUCACAGCUUUUCAUCACAGUAGCUGCUGCUCGACUGAUGCCGUUCCUCACUGUUGCUCACAGGUUUCUCAUGAUGCAGCGUUUAUUUUUUUUUUUUGUGGCUCAGAUUUUGGUCCACCUUUUCACAUGUGAAAUUGAUUUUCAUUGAUUAGUUGACUCUUUCCUUUCCUCAUGACAACUCUAUUUAAACUUAAUUAGCAAAGUGGUGUCGACAGUGCAAUCCAGGUGUCUUUUAUAAAUGAGCCUGUUUGUCUGAGGUUAAGUGUUUUUUCAUUUUGAUGAAUGCACCUGCGUGGUUAGAAUACAUUGUUUAUUGUUUUUAUUUUUGGUUUGUUUUCACGCAAAAGGUGGUGCGUCAUGACAAAAACAUCCGGCGGACAAAGUAAAACAAUUCAUGCUUUAAUUUUUAUCAGACAACUUAAAACAAUACAUCCAAAACUUAACAUGUGACUGUUCGUGGUAAUAAGCAUAAUGUCAUUUCAUUAUUAUUUUUAGACAUUUGUACAUAUAUGUAACAUUUAUUUUCAAUAAAAGUCUGUAUGUUGUUUUUUUUAAACAUACAGAUUAUACAAACUUACAA